CGUCAAAACACCCUCUUCUCUCCCCUCCCCUCCAUUCUCUCCCCUCUCUCCUCUUCUCGUCGACAUCGGGACGCCUGUCUCUCCCCCCGCGAAGCGAUUCUAAAUUCUCGCACAAAAGAUCGAUCGGAUCCUUCGCGGGAUCCGCAUCGGUUCUUGCCCUUCCUGCGCGGAUUUCUGGCAGCCUUUUCUUCUCCCCCUGAACCCCUUCCGCCGCUGCGGUAGUUGGGAUCUUGGGAGGAAGGGUUGGUGGGGAUCCGGCCGCGGGAGAUGGCCGGCGGGAAGGAGCCGAUCGAGGUGAAGUUCCGGCUGUUCGACGGCUCCGACAUCGGGCCCAGCAAGUACGACCCCGCCACCACCGUCGCCGCGCUCAAGGAGUUCGUCCUCGCCCGGUGGCCGCAGGAUAAAGAAAUAGUUCCAAAAACCGUCAAUGAUGUGAAGCUCAUCAAUGCUGGAAGGAUACUGGAGAAUAGCAAAACUCUUGCUGAGUCUCGAGUCCCAGUAGGAGAAAUUCCUGGAAGUGUGAUUACAAUGCAUGUUGUUGUGCGGCCUCCCCAGUCUAGCAAAAGUGAGAAGCAGCAGUCAAGCUCUCCCAAGCAGAACAGCUGUGGAUGCACAAUUUUGUGACGUUGACGCAGUUGCAAUGUGUAUAUCGGUGCCAUUUUCACAGCGAUUGCAAGUUCACUUUAACAAUUGAUUCUUGCAUCUAUUCUUCAAAGCCUAGAAAUGGUAUCCAAUGCCGGCCACAUCUGCUUGAGAAUUUGAUGCUUGCUAUCGUGUAAAAGGAGUGUGUAGGAUGGAGUGCACGGGGGUUCCUGGUAAAAAAGAAAAAACCUUAAAACGAGUGUGCAGGAGUCGAGAGUUGGAUGUUUGCUGUUGUGUAAUAUGUAGACGUAGGGAUACCAAAAGUGAGUUGAUGCAUAGUACGAGACAUUCUUUUCUCCUUUGUGUCAAGCGUGGUCACGUAUAUGUGUUUUGUUAAAGAAAAGUGACUAGUAAUUCUUGUCGAAAAGUGGAAAGGAAUGCUGGGGUCAGGCAUGGAACUGAAAA